AUGAGCGCGUCGAACGGUGGACUCGAGCUCAGGGUUGGGAAUAAGUACAGGCUCGGUCGGAAGAUUGGGAGUGGGAGCUUUGGGGACAUUUACCUAGGGACGCACAUCAAGACGAAUGAGGAGGUCGGGAUCAAGCUGGAAAGCUGCAAGACAAAGCAUCCGCAGUUGCUCUACGAGACCCGGUUGUACAAAAUUUUACAGGGAGGCACGGGGGUGCCGAACGUGCGGUGGUACGGAAUCGAAGGCGAUUACAACAUCAUGGUGAUGGACUUGCUCGGUCCGAGCUUGGAGGAUCUGUUCAACUUUUGUAACCGGAAGUUGAGCCUGAAGACGGUGCUGAUGCUGGCGGAUCAGCUCGUGUCCCGGAUAGAGUACGUGCACAGUAAGAGCUUCAUCCAUCGCGACAUCAAGCCUGAUAACUUCUUGAUGGGGCUGGGUAAGCGCGCGAAUCAGGUGAACAUCAUCGAUUUCGGUCUGGCCAAAAAGUACAGAGAUCCCAAGACCCACUUGCACAUCCCUUACAGAGAGAACAAAAAUUUGACGGGAACGGCGAGAUACGCGAGUAUCAACACGCACGUUGGCAUCGAGCAGUCCAGGAGAGACGACCUCGAAUCUCUCGGGUACGUGCUCAUCUACUUCUUGCGGGGAUCAUUGCCGUGGCAAGGAUUGAAGGCGGCGACGAAGAAGCAAAAGUACGAGAAGAUUAGUGAGAAGAAGAUGACGACGCCCAUCGAAGUGCUGUGCAAGGGGUUCCCACCCGAGUUCGUGACGUACUUCCAAGUCGUGAGAUCUUUGCGUUUCUCAGACAAGCCCGAUUACUCUUACCUCAGAAAGUUGUUCCGCGAUUUGUUUAUUCGCGAGGGAUACCAGUACGAUUACGUGUUCGAUUGGACGAUCCUUAAGUAUCAACAGACGCAAGCGUUGACUCGUCCGACCGCGGGCCUCGGGGGGCAGGCGCAAGCUGGAACGAGUGGAGAUCAAGGCGAUCAGAGAGAUACGCUUCGUCGUCAGACGACAUUAGAGCGUCAAUCGAGUGCGACACGCGCGGCCGGAGGGAAGGAAGUUCUCGCGACGGAACGAUCUUCAUCCUUCGCUCGCGCGUACGAGCGCCAGCGAUCGAGCUCUCGACCGCUGACAAGUCGAGACGACGACGGAGGUCGAGCGUACCAAUAA